GUUAAUGUGCCCCUCACCUUUACAAGUACUCUCCCUCUCUUUCUCUCUCUUCCACCUAGCACCGUCAUCAAGAACUCUUCAUCUUCCUAAUUUCUGUACGAAUUUCAACGUUUCUAGGGUUUUCGCCGGAAAAAUGUCGUCGUCUACGGAAGAAUCCAGUAACGACUACGAGGUCGGGCACCGAGCCGAGUUGGAAGGAAAAGGCGCUUCAUCUGCGGGUGGCAGCACGGAGGAAGCUACGGAAGCUACGAAAACCCUAAUCGAAAUGCAAAAGGAGGCAUUACAAUGGCGAGACCAGAAAAGGAGGACGACAAUGGCUGGUCGUACCAACGAACCCCCCUCAAAAAAACAGAAAAAAAUUGCUCUAACAGGCUCAGCAGAAACACUAAGGUUAACGGCCAAUAUCGGGGCUUAUUGGGCAUUUAUGAAGCGCCUUGCCCCGAAGAUCCGUCAGUGGCAUAGGGAUGCAUACUGCGGUUCUAUAUUUCAGCACUACAUUUUGUUUGGGGCUCCUGCGGCUGAUCGGCCCACCCUUGAGCUGCUGCUGAGCUUUUUCGAUAGAGAUAAUAACACCUUUUGUAUACCUGAUUCAAAAAGUGGGGGUAUGAAAAAUGUUAGUUUUGAUUUGCAAUGGGUCCACAACCAUACUUAUUUCCCAAUUUAUGGGGAGGACAUAAGGAACAAUAGGGACUCAAGAAGCAGAAUAUGGCUGGAAUACUUCGCUAAGCUUUUCAUUUCUGAAGAGGGUAAGAAGUUAAAAAAAUCAGAAACCAGCCAACGUAAACAUCUUGAAGGGCUACUUGAACGGCUUGUUGAAUCUACCAAAAAGCGGGAUAUCGAGGAUUUUGCUCUGCUACAAAUUUUGUACCAAUGCUCUAUGAUAUGGAGUCCCAUAGCAGGGGAAGGUAUCCCUAGACCCUGUGCAGAUUAG